CCCGAGUUGCCUUUGUUCAGCUGUUGCCUGAGAGGUACUUACGAUUGCCUCCCUUGUUCUAUUCGAGAGAGCUUUGUUCGGCCGUGUCGAGAAAAGGGAAAUCGAUUCUGGUAAGAAAGUUGAAAAAUCGAUUAUCUUUUCGAGCCGCAGAUUUGUAAAUUACUGAGUGGAUAAUAGAAAUUCCGUCGUGAAGAGGAAAUCAUGAUGAAAAAACAAAAUUGAGACUCAAAAGGGCAAGAAAAUGAUACCUUUGACUGAAACAAAAACGUAGGUGUCCCCCUUGUGGAAGUUCUUUUAUGUAUCUAACAUACUUUUUUUUUGGUGUGCGACGAGAGAGUCUUUCAGUCUUAUUUUUUACUCUAUCCUGGGGCGACCGUCGCGCUGCUGGUGGUUCAGUACAAAAGGCACAAAACGAUCACGAGUAGCAAAACAAAAGAAAAAAUAUGUUCGGACUGGCAGACCGCUUCAACAAGGGCCCGGGGUAUAGUCCAGGUAAUAUUCUCACUACUGUAAGUAAGCAGAACACGGCUUCAAAGUGUGAAGUUUUUUCUAACUACAGUUGACUGCAGCCCUGCUGCUCCUCCCAUAUGAUUAUAAAUAUCUUUUUUAAUUGUAACACCAGGACCCGGCCACUACGAAGCAAAAUCAGAUUUCGGAACCAAAGGCAGUAGUGAUUUGACAACGCAACUAGUUCAAAAGCUGUACAACCUGCCGAAUGAUCCGUUGAAUUUAACGUCCAUCAGCGUGCGGUCAACGAGAUGUAUUCUUGAAAUUUUUACUGGUUUUUUUGUAGAUCAUGAGCUCUCGACAGGCCACAGGGUACACUCAAUAGAUACAUACCAGCACGAAGUUAUCGAAAGCAUGGAAGUAGGUUUUGUCUUCUGAAAAGAAAAUCGAUGUUAGGUGCAUAUUUACACGUGUCACCCCUCUACAGCGACGCACUUCGAUGAUCAGUUGGCAGCGCGAGUUGCGAGGUUAGAGACGUCACUAAACUGCAAUAGGACAGGAGCAUGCGCCCCCGGACGGAAGCGAGGAGGAGGGCCUUCAGGCGUAUCCAAUCUAAGUUUCUACCUCGUGAGUUUGUUACGGACAAAGAGUGCUCAGUAGGUUUCUCCAUCUUUUAAGCGAAUAGAUAAUGCUCGGAUCGAUAUGCAAGCAAUACCGGCAAAAACUCUUUUCGGAUUUUAAAAUCUAUUCAAACCAACCAUCUCCGAACAACAAGGUGAUGGCGAAUACCGCGAGUGAGUUUGAAAGUGCCAACGAUGCUGGAUUUCAAAGGCAUUCAUGGCUUGCAGGGGAGCUUGCCGGUGACGUGUACUAGUUUCUUUUUGUUUUGAUGAAGGUGAAUUUCUCUUCCACGCACUUCUGCUCUUAAUUCAUGCGAAUCGAGUGCUAAAUCCGUCUAUCGCAAUUAUGGCGCGUAACAGCUUGUACUGGCCUGUGAGUGGUCGGCAUGAUAGAAGAUCAGCAUUUUGUUUUAUGUACGAAUCUAGGUUUUGUUACAAAUCGAUGAAUACGCCUGCAAAUAUUGGUCCUGGGAGCUAUUGUAGUCCGGAGAGUACUGCACCCGAGAAGCUGGGACAGCGGAGUCAUAACUAUAUGGUUCAGCGCUCUGAGGAAAUCGCGCGAAAUCGGAGAGACUUGUGGAUCCAACGACGAUCAAUCCAGCAAAUGCGCAGUCAGAGCUUGUUAUGACAGAGUACUAUUUCAUGUUGAAGACUGCAGUAGUGUCAAUAUGUGAAAUGGUGUUUAGCUGCUGCUUUUUAGUCUGUUCUCAUUUUUCGGAUGAUUUGACGAGGUGGAGUGUGCAAUUGACAUCUUUCAUGUGUUGUACAAAAUGAUUUCAAGAAUUGAGGUUGUUUCAAAAAAAGUGUAGACGCAAGCAAUUCCUUCACUAGACCGAAUAAAGUGCUGUAGGUUAAAGUUGCAAGAAGUGGACGCUCUCUAAGCAGGAUGGCCUCUGCGAAUGAUCCGAUGAUGAUGUAUUAUGCCGAUCCGCAUGCCGCGUCCGUUGCAACGCAUUUGCCACCUGGACAAAGUCAGUUUUUGGCAGCGACGCCGUCGUUGUCGGUCCCACCCCUCGGCGUCGAUUACCACCAGGGUGUUGACCCUGGUAGAUAUCAACAACAUCCCGGAAUGGAUCCAAGGUCUGUGGCGGAAGGGAGUGUUCGAAGUAUCGUUCCAGCGGCAGGCAAAAUGCACGAUCCAAUGGCUCAUCCUGCAACUAGUUCGAGUUUCGUACCGCCGGGAGAGAAUUGGGCUCGACUACACCAGGAGGGUUCAGUGCGUGGAGGUGUGUCUCCGGUCGAAAGCGGCGCGCUGGGUCCUCAACCAGCUGUGCUUCCUCAGAGCAUGUCGCACCCUGCAGCACAGCACGCCGCCUUGUAUGCAGCGGGAGUGCAGCCAAGUUCGUCGCUGUUGCAUCAACCAAUGGGCACUAAUCCGAUGUUGGGAGGCAUUACAGGGAGCAGCUUUGCUCCUCAGUCUAGGGAGUUCGGAGGGAACUUUGCACCGAUAAAUCGCGGGAACGCUCCUUCAUCACAGCAAGCCUGCGUCAACCCUAGUGUCCCACAACACCUCGGUGCUGCGGCUCCGCAGCUGCCACAAUGGGUCCAACUUGCGGACGGCAGGAUAAUGCCAGCAGCUCCGCUUUUAGUCCAGCAAGCUCCGCCACUGGGGCAUGGAUCGUCCGCUCCUGGCGCACCUCCUCAGCAUCUUCUUCCUACAGGAGCAGCACAGGGCGGUGGUUAUUUCUAUGGCACUCAGUAUCAUGCGCCCCCUGGAGGACAACAACAUUUUGCCCACCCGCCAACAUCCUAUAAUAAUGCGCCGCCUGGAGGUGGGGCCUCAGGUGGAGAGAUGUACCCACCCGGCAGCAAUACGGCUGUGAUUACGACAGAAGUGCCACCAGGGCAACAGGGUGCCAGCGUUCCUGCAGUUACGGCGCCGGACCCAGCAAGCGGCGCACCGAUUACAAAUCUCGAACCUGGUGCCGCCGGUCCAGGUGCGUUUUCUAGAGGACAGCAAAUACCGGGAGCAGGCCAGAUGAUAGACGGAGGUACAGAGCCGACAGCACAUCCCCCAGACGGCAUCGGACAAGUGGCACCUCAGGAGUCUAUGUAUGCGGCUGACGGAUAUGUGAGAGGAGGUGAGUCCGGUUUGGUGGUCCGUGCGCAGCCGGCGGGAGCGUUACAACAAUUGCGGCAGCGGUUGCAGCAGCAAGCGCAGUAGAAAAGUUUUUUCAUUCAACCUCGCUCCUGUACUAACUUGUCCACCUAAGAUAUUUACUAUACCAGAACUAGUUUUAGCCAUCUACAACCACUUAUAGAGAAGUUUGGUUUGAUAUCGGUCAAUCCCAUUUUUCACAAACCGGGAUAUGUCAAUAAAUAUCAAAAAAGCAAGUAUCAGUAACCACCUAUUUCAAAACUAUCACGCCCCUCUCGUUCGUUCUCAUCUCAGAUUAACAUCGGUUGCCUUUUAUAACAUUCGCUUACUUACUUAAAAUAUGAAGAUAGAGGAUAAUAUCUACUCUCCAAACUACUGACCUAGCUCAAAUGAUUACAUGCAUCGCCUAUUUGCAUUUUUCAGAAACAUCGUCGUUGAGAAACAUCAUCGCUUAGAAACAUCGCAGAACAGCGCAUCUUGGGGAAGCAGGGGGGUCUUCCGCACAUCCCGGUUCUUGUACAUAGAGAUUUUUGGGUCAACACAUCGCAGAGCUUCACACAUACUAAUUGCGCACCAUUAAUAUCAUAGGGCAGCCGCCAACACAGGGAAAAACUGUAUCCAUACUUAUGGUUUGUUGGCGCCGAUGACAGAUGCUUCUAUGCGAACCUAUAGAAAAUUUAAGUGAGUAGUCGUGUUUGAAGAUAACGUCGGUUUAAAAAUGAAUAUGGAUCGCCUAUCCAUCGACGUAAACACGUCCGCACGAGAGAGUGCUGUACCCAUUGCCCUCUGCGGGUCAAAUCAUGUGAAAACUAAUUACUUUGAUGUCGCGUGUUCUUACAUAUUUCAGCCACAGAAAAGAGAAAAAAAUAACGGCCGCACUGUAGGGCAACGUGUAUGUUAUAACAACGCGGACACUCAAAGAAUGGAUCAUGAAUGAGCAGCUUUCUGUGACAGAGAGACAUCUGAAUAUUAUCACCACGUGGAGAGAUUUGAUCAGAGUCAUUUUUUAGUGUUACUUUCUCUUUGAGCGGACUCUUUUCUAACCUUCUCUUUCUUGAGCUUCCGCCCCGCUGGGGUGUUUGUCUAAAACUUUAGCUUUGGUCUUGUCUACUCUUUCUUCCUAAAUGGCGCCCUCUUGUCUUCUGUAGUUGUCUUAGUGGCUAGGUAGGGUUAGGCUGUUGUAGUUGGCUUGAGUUUGUCCAUCGUUGUUAGUGGUAGCUGUUUCUAAAGUAUCUCUUUCUAAUUCCUUGUAGUUAGUCCUUCAUGUUGUCUUUCACCUGUCUGCUGCUUGUGAAACGAACUGCGCCCCUUCUUGUGAAACGAACUGCGCCCCGUCACUAUACAAAAAAAAAAUGAUAGAGGAGCACUAAGCUCCGCCUGCCGCCGGCUUGCGAACUGGAUAAAGGUCAGGAGAUUUUUUCAAUCUCCCUCGUAUUAC